CGUCGGCUGGGGAAACCCCAGCUUUCUCUGGUUGGUGGAGAAACCGGGCUGUCUGGGCCGGUCCAGGGCUGGCUGUCCCGCCCCUGGGCAGGGUGGAGGGCAGGCAGGCCUAGCACAGCUGACUCUGGAACUCUCACUCAUGUGACCACCGAGGCUCCCUGCUCUGGGACUUGUCCCCAGCCUCAGAGGACGCUUGGAGGGACUCCGAUGAGGAGCAGCAGAGCUGCAGGCUUAGAGAGAUUAAUCAGUGACAGGAGCCACCUCUGUCGGGGGUGACCGGUUGUGGUCAGAGGAGUCUGACCUGCUGCCCAUCUGCCCGCCACUCACCUCUCCCUGCUCCACCAUGGGCCACCUCGGGGCUUUUCUCUUCCUUCUGGGGACCCUGGGGGCUGUGGCUGACAUCUGUGAGUCACCGCAGGCGGACAGCCAGGUGGUGAAGAAGCUGGGCCAGCGCCUCUUGCCGUGGCUGGACCGUGUGUCCCCUGAGCAUCUGAACCCCAGCCUCUACUUGGGCCUCCGCCUCUCCAGCCUGCAGGCCGGGGCCAAGGAGGACCUCUACCUGCACGGGCUCAAGCUGGACUAUCAGCAGUGCCUCCUGAGAUCUGACGAUGACAAUGACAACAGUGAGUGCCAGACCAGGCCGUCCAUGGGUCAGCUGGCUGUCUACCUCCUGGCCCUCAGGGCCAACUGUGAGUUCGUCGGGGGCCGCAAAGGGGACAAGCUGGUGUCGCAGCUCAAGUGGUUCCUGGAGGAUGAGAAGAAGGCCAUCGGGAACGAUCACAGUGGCCAACCCCACAGCAGCUAUUACCAAUAUGGCCUCAGCAUCCUCGCCCUAUGCGUCCACCAGAAGCGGGUCCACGACAGCGUGGUGGGCAAGCUCCUGUACGCUGUGGAGCACGACCACCUCCACCAGGGCCACCUGUCUGUGGACGCCCUGGCCAUGGCUGGCUUGGCCUGCUCCUGUCUGGAGCGCAUGGACUUCAACCCUGAGAUGCGUCAACGGAUCGCCACGGCCUUGGGGACAGUGCGGGGGAAGAUCCUGCUGGCCCAGACCCCCGAGGGCCACCUUGGCAAUGUCUACAGUACCCCGCUGGCACUGCAGUUGCUGAGGGCUUCUUCCCCUGAGCCCGGGGCGGAGCUGGGCACAGUGUGUCUGAAGGCGGGGACAGCUCUUCUGGCCAGCAUAAAGGAGGGGGCCUUCCAGAAUGUUCUCAUGAUUUCUCAGCUGCUGCCUGUCCUCAACCGCAAGACCUACCUGGACCUCAUCCACCCAGAGUGCCAGGCGCCCAGAGUCAUGUUGGUGGCCCCUCCUGAGGACCCUGCACCCAUCCACGACCCCGCGACCAUCAGUGUCACACUGAAGGUGAACAGUGUCCUGCCACCAUACAAACAGGCCAUCGCCAUGCCGGCUGGGUCCUCCUUGGAAGACGUCCUGAAAAAGGCCCAGAAGCUAGGAGGAUUCACGUAUGGGACACAGGCGUCCUUGUCCGGCCCCUACCUGACCUCCGUGAAGGGGAAACCAGCUGGGCACCGGGAGUUCUGGCAGCUCCUCCGAGACCCCGACACCCCCCUGCAGCAAGGCAUCGCUGACUACAGACCCCAGGACGGAGAAACCGUGGAACUGAGGCUGGUUAGCUGGUAGCCUUGAAUGGCCUUGGUCCUCCCAGAAACCUCUGCACACUGGGAGCAAUGUCCCCAAUCACCACAGCCACCACCCCUGCGGGAAUCUAAGCCAAGGCCCACCCCAGAGAAGAGCCACACACCUUCUCUGGGAAGCCUGUCGGCCCAGCCUGGCCCUGCCUGGCCUGCAGGCCACCCACGAAGUCCACCCCACGGUCUGAGGGACAGGUGGCACUCAGCCUUCUGACAGCAGGAGAAGAGGUUCUGCUGGUGGCUGUGGCGUUGUGAAGACCACUGCUUUGGGACUGGAGACCAGCACGGAGGCCUCCAUGGCCCAGGGGCUGUGGCCGUGUCCCCCUCUUUCCACUGUAUAGACAGAGGGAAGUCCCAGAGGUGGUCAUGGGUGACAGCUGGUGAGACUGCUCACCCUCCUCCAAAAUGAUUAAAGCCCGAUUCUUGUGUGAGCAUGUGGACGGUGUCCUGAGUCUCCUAGGGACAGGGACAGGGAGGACAGCAGGGCACGUGAGCACAGGGAGUCACCCUAGCCAUGGCAUGGGCUAGAUACGCACUGUUCAGUGCAGCUCUGGGGGGCUGUGAAUGCUUUCAUUUUUAUCUGUGCUUUAUGGACAAGGAAAGGGGGGAUGAAAAAGGAAAGUGACUCAGCCAGUAGCUCACACCUGUAAUCCCAGCUACUUGGGAGGCUGAGAUCGGGAGGAUCACAGUUCGAGGCCAGCCUGGGCAAAUAGUUCUCAAGACCCCCAUCUCCAAAAAACCAGAGCAAAAUUGACCAGAGGUGCAGCUCUAGAGGUAGAGGACCUGCUUUGAAAGCAUGAAAGCUCCGAGUUCAAAUCCCAGUCCAACCAAAAAAAAGAAAAAAAAGAAAAGAAGUCUUAAGGGCCUGGGGGGUGGGUGGACAGGAGUAAGGGGUUCCUGGGCCAGUUUGCUACUGGGCUCAGCUGCUCCCAAGUUGGUGGGCUGGAUCAUUUCAGCAAAUACCCUUGGGUACUGGGGAUGGAACCCAGGGUGCUUUACCACCGAGCUACACCCUGGGCCCCAGCAGGUGACCUUUCAGUAAUUUGCUGCCAGUCUCUUUCAUCUGGGAGGGGCCUGUGGCCUCCUUAGGCCAUGUCACAGGGGC